AUCCUCUUCUUCCAUCAAUACUGCUGCACUCUCGCACACCCUAGCCUCGCCGCCGCCGCCGCCGCUCUCCCUCCUUCCUCCGCCGAUUCAAUCUCCUUCCGGCGCGGUUGCGCCGCCUUAGAAACCCUCACUUCUCCGCCGCUUCCCAUCCGAGAGAGUGUGCGAGAGAAAAUGGAGGUUGAUGGUGGUAAUGGAAUUGGGAUCCGUGUGAAGGCCACAUUCAGACUUGGCUCCGAGACGCAUUCGGUGGCAGCCACGAAAGGGGAAGGUGCUGCCAUCUCCGAGGAACUGGUUGCCAUGAAAGAAGAAAGCAUGAGGAUACUGAAGGAAUUCAUCACCAAGCAUAACGUUCCUGCUGAUGUUCCUGAUGAGUUGGUUGAGGACGAGGACGAAAGCUCGGAGGAGGAAGCAGAGGACGAGGUUGCAGAGAAAUCCAAGAAGACCAAACUGACUUGAGACAGUCUACUACUACUGCUGCUGCUGCCUUAAUCGCGACAGCAAGUACCUGGUGGUGUUUGUAAUUUGGCUACACGCUCAGUUGUUAGCAAAAUUUGUGAAAAGUUAGUACUGAUACUCCAUUUGUGCUGUGGAGAAUCGACCUGAUGAAGCUGAAAAGUGCCCUUCUGUAAUAGUGUGUUAAUCUAGGGCUUCUGUCACAACUUUCUGUGAUAGCUCAUGAAGAACUUGAACAGCUAAUAUAGUACCAUUUGCCUUCCCUCGUCAUUGUUUUCCACAAUAUGUUUCAUUGUGGCCUUUGGGUUUGCUACUAGUGAAAAGGAGCUCAGAAGUUGUAUAUGAUUGUUCCGUUUUUUGAAGAA